AUGUCACACCAGAAGCUAGCGCCAUACAACUUCUUCAAGGGCCACCCUUCUACAGAUCUUCUCCCCAUGAGGGAGAUUCUGCAUGCCUCUCAAUGCGUUAUUCGAUCCUUCACCAAAACAAUGGCUCACUAUGAUGGCAGGGAGAACACACAUCCAAUGAACUACGGUCCCGACUUGGGAAACCUGGAAGUACGAUCGCUAGUGGCACAGUGGAACGAUCGUUUGUUCAAGGCCAAGGCGCCAACAGAUCCAAACUGUAUAAAUCUCACAAACGGUGCCUCAUUUGGAUUGGCAAACGCAAUACUACAAUGCACCUAUCCUUUCAACGAUAUCACAAAACGGAUUUUCGUUAUCUCUCCCACCUAUUUCUUGGUCAACUCAUGCUUUAUAGACAAUGGGUACUCGGGGAAGUUAAAGGCGAUUCCAGAGUUUGACAACGGUGAGAUUGACAUUGACAGCCUCGUGACGGAAUUGGAGCAGAUCGAAAAGGUUACCCCCUCCAAACCAAUCACCGCUGAGGAUAUUCCAAAGACACAACAACCGGGGAAACCAAUGAAGAAGAUAUACAACUACGUCCUAUAUGUGGUCCCAACUUUCUCCAACCCAAAGGGGGGAUCGCUAUCUCUCGAGACAAAGCUGAGGCUGAUCAACAUCGCCAGAAAAUUCAACAUGCUAAUAAUUUGUGAUGACGUCUACGAGCUUUUGGAUUUCAAAGCAGGCACCGAUGGUUUUGAAUACCAUAAACGGAUGGUCUACUUGGACAGAGAAACACUACCUGAAGGUGAAAUCUACGGCAACGUCAUAUCAAAUGCCACAUUUUCCAAAAUUGUAGGUCCCGGCUUAAGGGUUGGCUGGCAGGAGACCGCCACACCUCAUUUGGCAUUGGCAUUGGCAUCAGGAGGAGCUGUCUUAUCAGGAGGCACGCCUUCACACUUGAACACGGUAAUUGUUGGAGAACUUUUAAGAAAUGGAGAGAUUGAUAACAUUGUAUCCAACUUCGUCCAUGUUUACCGGGAGAGAGCAAGCGCAUUGAAACGUGCAGUUUUGAGAUAUCUCCCCAGGGGAACAAAGAUUUCGCCCGUGGACGGCGGCUAUUUCUCAUGGGUUACACUACCUCCUGAAUAUGACAACCUGAAAAUCGCCCAAGAAUGUGCCAAAAGAGGCGUUAUACUAGCGACCGGCGACAAUUUCGAAGUUAGCGGGGAUAGUCUAGAGUGGGGCAAACACGGUGUUCGUCUUUCCGUGAGUUAUAUGAGUUCCCAAGACAUUGACGAAGGAAUAAAUAUCUGGGGGGAUGUAUGUAAAGAGGUUGGUCGUGCCUAG